GACGCCACCAUGGACUACCUGCACACGUGCCUCAUCUUCUACCUAUUGAUCCUCUGUCCCCGCGGAGGACGAACCAUAGACAUAUCACAAUGCAUCGCACCCCUGGGGAUGGAAUCUGGUGCGAUUCCCGAUGCAGACAUCACAGCGAGCUCGAGUUUCGAUAGCGGAAAUGUCGGGCCACAUCACGGACGGCUGAGGCAAGAGAGCCACGGAGGUGCCUGGUGCCCGAAGCAGCAGAUCACGACGAAACCACGCGAGUGGUUGGAAAUCGAUCUUCACACGGUCCACAUGAUCACCGCCACCAGCACUCAGGGCCGCUUUGGCAACGGGCAAGGUGUCGAAUACUCGGAGGCGUACAUGCUGGAGUAUUGGAGGCCGAAGCUCGGCAAGUGGGUUCGAUACAGGGACUAUCUGAACGGGGAGGUGAUCAAAGGGAACACAAACACCUAUCUGGAGUCGAAGCACGAGCUGGAGCCACCGAUGUGGGCGAGCAAAGUUCGCUUCUUGCCGUACAGCUACCAUCGUCGCACAGUUUGCAUGCGGGUGGAGCUGUACGGUUGUCCGUGGAACGACGGCAUCGUGUCCUACUCGAUGCCACAGGGCGACAAACGUGGCAACUGGGAGUUCUUCGACGCCACUUACGACGGCUACUGGGACGGCCAGCUCCUGCGUGGCCUGGGUCAGUUGACGGACGGCAAGGUCGGGCCGGAUAACUUCAAGAUGGGUUACCAGGAGUACGACAGGGCCCGUGGAUGGGUGGGCUGGAGGAACGACACCAGGUCUGGGCAUCCGUUGGAGAUCAAGUUCGAGUUCGACCACGUCAGAGAGUUCUCCGCCGUCCAUAUUUUUUGCAAUAAUCAAUUCACCAAGGAUGUACAGGUGUUCUCCGAGGUCAGCAUCAUGUUCAGCGUCGGAGGCAGAUACUAUACUGGCGACCCGAUAGUGUACUCGUACAUGGAGGACAGGAUCUUCGAGCAAUCGCGGAACAUCUCGAUCAAGCUACAUAAUCGGAUCGGCAAGUUCGUGAAGCUGAAGUUCAGCUUCGCCUCGCGGUGGAUCAUGAUCAACGAGAUCACUUUCGACUCUGAUAUCGCCCACGGAAAUUUCACCCCUGAAUCACCGCCCACGACCGAAGCCCCGAGAGUGAGAGAUCGAAUCUCUGCCCGUGACAAUCCUCUGCAGGCGGAAGUCCCGGUGGUGAAACAGGACGAUCCGACCUACAUGGCCGUGAUCAUCGGCGUCCUAACCGCGGUGAUUCUCCUGCUGGCCGUCGCCAUGUUCCUCAUCGUCACGAGACACAGGCAACGGAAGAACUUCUCCAGCCCACUGGGCACGAAGAGCGCGAUCCCGUCGGGCAAUCAUCAACACCUGUCGCCGGAAUCCGCGUAUGGAACCACGGAGAAGGAUCCGUCGCUGAUGACGUACAGGGUGGAGGAACUAGACGAUCGGUACGCCGGCACCAAGCUCACCACGCUGCCACGCGAUCUCAACGAUCGUCUGCUGGGUGAUGUCAGACUGGACGAGUAUCAGGAACCCUUCCACGAGAACAAGUACAGGGAACCGCCACAUGCCGCUUAUUACGGAUAUAGCACCGUUGUUAUAGACAACAAGGACCUUCACGACAACGUUGAGCAGUCUGAUGCCACCUACGACUACGCGGUACCAAUGCCUGUGCCUAGCGUAAGCAGCGAUCAGGACAGCGUCUUCUCGAAAUCUUCAUCAAGGGGCAGCGCGAAGGCGUGCUUGCAGAGCUUUUUCCCCCCACCCCCGCCCCCGAUGAGCGCGCCGCCCCCACGAGGCUCCAGUAAUCUCACGUACUCGAAUCCGCCGAGCCCGGAACCAGUUUGCGAGCGCGAGCGCAGAGGAAGCAAGCGCCGCGAACACUCGUUGCACAGAUACGCGUAA